AUGUUCAAGAAAAAGCCGACAGUCAAGCCUCUGGCGCCUCUGCGUUCGUCGGACCGCCGCAAGACAGCCGACAGCAUCAUCGCCGAGUAUGGCCUGCAACCAAAAGCCCAGGACGACACCAAAGUCGAGGACAAAGCAGCCGCCACGCAAGAAACAACAGCGCUGAGAAACGCUCUACUGCCCGAUGGCGUCCAGACCGCUCGAUUCACAACCACUCACGGUCCUGACCUCAAACAAGUCUCUGGCACCGUCUAUGUUGGAGCAUACCCUGGAGACGAUGCCCGAGUGCUCUGGUUCAAGAUUGAGGAUCGCAUGUAUCCCACAGUAUACACGCUCUGGAAACAACCCGGCAUUGUGCCUCUUCUACACACACCCGGCUUUGUCGUCCAGAAGCUACAAGGUGGUGCAGACCUCAUGACUCCAGGUCUGGCCAAUGGUCCUCCUUUCCACCCCAAGGCCACCAAAGGUGCUGUUGUCGCCAUUGCAAGCCUCGAACAGCCUUCGGUACCUGUCGCGGUUGGUGCUUGUCUGAUCGACGUCAGCUCACUUGGGGCCGUCCAAGGUUCUCGUGGUCAUGCCGUGCAGACGAUGCAUUGGUCUGGUGAUGAAAUCUGGUCCUACAGUAAUUCCAACAAGCCUGGUCUCAAUGCUCCAGAGUCUAUUGAAGGCUGGCUCGCAACCAAAGACGACGAGGGAAAGCUGGCCGAGCAGGCUGCCGACCUAAACAUCGAUGAAGAUGAGGAAGAGCAAGGAGGGGUCAACCUGGACAAGUCUCCUUCUGACCAGCCUGACCCAUCAGAAGGCCUGGGAGAGGAUGCUCCCGCAGAUGGCGAAAUUGAUGACGCCUUCCGCAAAGCCUUCAUCUACGGCGUAUAUCACUACAAAGAGACCAACUCCGGCCAACCAAACUUCGGUCUCGAGUAUCCUUUGACUCAAUCAUUCGUCAUGUCCAAUCUCGUCCAGCCCUUCCUUCCCGCCCACACUCCAGAACAAGCAAACUCGCUACAAAUCAAAAAGUCGAGUUACAAGAAUAUCAAAAAGUUCAUCAAGUCGCUAGACAAGGCAAAGAUUGUCAAGACGAAAGAGAGGGACCAACACGAGACUGUCAUCCUCGACAUUGACUUCAACGACGCUGCCAUUGCCGACUUCAAGCCCUACCCAGCCGGCACAAGUCUCGGCCGCGGUGCCAAAGCGACAGUUGAAAUCGACACAGCCGAUAGUUCAAUCGGCCAGAAACUCGAAAAGCAACAAUACUACAAGCUAAAAGAUAGACUACUGCCCCUCUUCGAGUCAGCAGAUGCGUCCUCCCAAUCACUCUUCACUGCUUCAGAGAUCAAACCUAUUAUAACCGCCUACAUCGAAUCUGAGAACCUCGUCAACCCAAAGAACAAACGCCUCGUCACCCUCAACCCAACACUCGCAAAUGCAGUCUUCGACGGCUCAACUCCUCUGGAUAAGGAAGUUCUUGCCAAGGGUUCUGUUCCCAGAGAUGCCCUCACCGAACGCAUCCUCCAAGCCUGCACACCUCACUACGCCAUCGCCCGCACUUCCUCUUCCUCCACACCAACACCGAAGCCCAAAUCCGGCGCAGCACCAAAGAUCAAAGUCACACUCGAGACACGCUCAGGCAACAAGACUGUGACCAAAGUCUCGGGAGUGGAAGCUUACUUUAUACCUCCCCAGCCGCUGGCCGACGAAUUAAGGAAAAUGUGUGCGGGUAGCAGUAGCGUCGAGCAAUUGCACGGAAGUAGCCCCAAAGCCCCUGUCAUGGAGAUCAUGAUUCAAGGGCCACAGAAGGAUGCUGUCAUGAAGGCACUGGAGAAGAGGGGUGUGAGACCUGCAUGGGUAGAAUAUCUAGACAAGACCAAGGGAAAGAAGAAGUAG